AUGAAAGUAAGCUUUCUGAUUCUGGGCGUCGUAGCUCUAGUCUACGGUAGACCCCAGGACAUCGAACCAACUAACUUUAUAUCCGACGGAAGAUGUCCUCCAGCGGAAAAUCAUCAUUUAUUACCACAUGAAUACGACUGCACCAAGUUUUACUACUGUGAAUAUGGACUUAGAUAUGAAACGCCAACGGACUGUGCUCCUGGAACAGAGUUCUCGUAUGAAAAUCAGGUGUGCAUCCACCCCAUGCUAGCAAACUGUUCACUACCAGGAAUACCAAUUACAACAUCACCGAAUCCUUGUCCUACUUGUCCUCCAAAUCCUUGCCCAACAUGUCCCCCAGUUGACACGACAACAGCAUUACCAAGCACUCCAACUCCUGAUGAAGGACAACCAGGUCCUGAAAGACCAACUACUUCAGCACCAACUAUAACGACUGCAGCACCAACCACAACAACUGCUGCACCAAAUACAACGACUGCUGCACCAAUCACAACGACUGCAGCACCAACCACAACAACUGCUGCACCAAAUACAACAACUGCUGCACCAAACACAACUACUGCAGCACCAACUACAACAACUGCUGCACCAAAUACAACAACUGCUGCACCAAACACAACGACUGCAGCACCAAAUACAACGACUGCUGCACCAACCACAAUAACUGCUGCACCAACCACAACAACUGCUGCACCAAAUACAACGACUGCUGCACCGACCACAACAACUGCUGCACCAAAUACAACGACUGCUGCACCAACCACAACUACUGCAGCACCAACUACAACAAGUUCAUCGACAACUUCAAGUCCUGGAAUAACGUUACCUAAUGGUUGUCCAGCUGACUUCGAUGUCCACAAGCUGUUGCCUCAUGAGACGGACUGUGACAAGUUUUACUACUGCGUCUUUGGAGACAAAGUUGAAAGACAAUGCGCGCCAGGCACAUACUUCAAUUAUAAGAUUCAAGUGUGCGAUUGGCCAGAAAAUGUAGAUUGCGCAGGAGGUGGAGGUGGAGGUGGAGGUGGAGGAGGUGAUGGAACACUUCCCAAUGGCUGUCCCGCUGACUCCAGUAUCCAUAAACUAUUGCCUCAUGAAAACGACUGCACCAAGUUCUACUACUGUGUACAUGGUCAAUUAGUAGAGAGAAGUUGUGCCCGAGGAACACAUUUCAGCCCAACUCUUCAGGUUUGCACAUGGCCACAAGAAGCUGGAUGCGAAGCUGGUAAUGGAGAUAAUGGCAGUGGUGGAGGCGAAGGAGGUGGUGGUGGAGGAGGAGGUGGUGGCGGUGAAGGUGGUGGUGGCGGAGGAGGAGGUGGUGGCGGAGGUACCGGUACACUUCCAAAUGGUUGCCCAGCUGACUUUGACAUUCAUCAACUCUUACCACACGAGAAUGACUGCAACAAAUUCUACUUCUGCGUGAGUGGAGAGAAAGUAAAAAGGUCAUGCCCCGCUGGUCUUCACUUCAAUCCCGAAACAGAGAUCUGUGAUUGGCCAUGGAGUGCUGGUUGUGAAACCGGUGAUGGAGGCGGUGGUGGCGGAGGUGGAGGAGGUGGUGGAGGCGGAGGUGGAGGAGGUGGUGGCGGUGAAGGUGGUGGUGACGGUGGCGGAGGAGGCGGAGGAGGUGGUGGAGGAGGUGUUGGUACACUUCCAAAUGGUUGUCCAGCUGACUUUGACAUUCAUCAACUCUUACCACACGAGAAUGACUGCAACAAAUUCUACUUCUGCGUGAGUGGAGAGAAAGUAAAAAGGUCAUGCCCCGCUGGUCUUCACUUCAAUCCCGAAACAGAGGUUUGUGAUUGGCCAUGGAGUGCUGGUUCGGAGGUGGUGAAGGAGGCGGUGGAGGUGGAGGCGGCGGAGGUGGUGAAGGAGGCGGAGGAGGUGAAGGAGGUGGUGGAGGAGGAGGCGGCGGAGGUGGUGAAGGAGGCGGAGGAGGUGAAGGAGGUGGCGGAGGUGGAGGCGGCGGAGGUGGUGAAGGAGGCGGUGGAGGCGAAGGAGGUGGUGGAGGUGGAGGCGGCGGAGGUGGUGAAGGCGGCGGAGACGGAGGAGGCGGAGGCAGCGGAGGUGGUGAAGGUGGAGGCAGCGGAGGUGGCGAAGGAGGUGGUGGAGGCGGAGGCAGUGGAGGUGGUGAAGGAGGCGGCGGAGGUGAAGGAGGCGGUGAAGGCGGAGGCAGCGGAGGUGGUGAAGGUGGAGGCGGCGGAGGUAGUGGAGGUGGCGAAGGAGGCGGUGGAGGUGGAGGUGAAGGAGGCGGAGGCGGAGGUGGAGGAAGUGGCGAAGGAGGUGGAGGAGGUGGAGGCAGCGGUGAAGGCGAAGGCGGAGGCGGCGGUGGAGGCGGAGGCGGCGGUGGAGGCGGAGGCGGCGGUGGAGGCGGAGGCGGCGGUGGAGGCGGAGGCGGCGGUGGAGGCGGAGGCGGCGGUGGAGGCGGAGGCGGCGGUGGAGGUGGAGGCGGAGGCAGCGGUGGAGGCGGAGGCGGAGGCAGUGGUGGAGGCGGAGGCAGUGGUGGCGGCGGAGGUGGAGGCAGCGGUGGAGGCGGAGGCGGAGGCAGCGGUGGAGGCGGAGGUGGCGGAGGUGGUGAAGGAGGCGGUGGUGGCGAAGGAGGCGGUGAAGGCGGAGGCAGCGGAGAUGGUGAAGGUGGAGGCGGCGGAGGUGGCGAAGGAGGCGGUGGUGGCGAAGGAGGUGGUGGAGGCGGAGGUAGUGGAGGCGGCGAAGGAGGCGGUGGAGGUGGUGAAGGAGGCGGUGGUGGCGGAGGAGGCGGUGAAGGCGGAGGCAGCGGAGAUGGUGAAGGUGGAGGCGGCGGAGGUGGCGAAGGAGGCGGUGGUGGCGAAGGAGGCGGUGGAGGCGGAGGUAGUGGAGGUGGCGAAGGAGGCGGUGGAGGCGAAGGAGGCGGUGGAGGCGAAGGAGGCGGUGGAGGUGGAGGUGAAGGAGGCGGUGGAGGCGGAGGCGGAGGAGGAGGAUAAAUGCAGAGAUGAAUGUCACGUACCACACUGGGCUCAUGAUACAGACUGCGACAAAUUCUGGCGUUGCGAAGGCAACCAACAAGUCUUAAGCAUUUGUUCUGAAGGCUUAUUCUUUAACCCUCGCACUCAAACCUGUGACUUCAUGUGCAACGUUGACUGUGUGAGAGAAACUAUCCAGACCACCUCUCUGAGAGACGGACUUAAAAUAUUCCUGCCCUGGGAUCAAAUCGACAGACCAAUCAGGCUAAACGAACAAGGUCACAUUUUGAAAAUUGAUUUUGAGAAAUCUUAA